AUGGAAACACCAAUAUAUUUUUCACUCAUAUCUUGUCCUUCCAAAUCCAUGACUGUAUAUCUCUCCCACCCUUACCCCCCACAUUUAUUGAUGAUGGAGCUUCCACCAUUGACACCAGUACCAUUACCAUUUCCUUCUCUACACACACACUCUCUCUCUCUCUACACACACACACAGAGCUCAUAUCCCUGCUUCAACUGCAUUACAGAGAGUCUCAUGUCUGCCACUUCAAGACUCAUCUCAUCCUCUUCCAAUCUUUUCUACCCACUAGUGAUGCAAUAGUUGCAUACUCUAUGUUGAAAGCAUGAUAAAGAGUCGUAUUAAAGAAAAUACCCUUUACCCGUGUCACUAGCCAACAGCUAGGCACGCUAUGCUCUAUUUAUAAGCUCUUCCAACCAACUUAUCUCCAUCAAAGUUUAACAAACUCCACUGUAGAUAUCCUGUGAGGAAUUCACAAAAAACAAAAAACAAAAGAACCCACAUUAGAAAUGUCAUUUUCCUAUGCAAAAAACUUCCUACGACGUUUCUGCAUGGACGAUUUCCAAAGGGGUAGUGGUGACAGCCUUGGUGGCUUCUUCUCCAAUGAUCUCCUCCUCCCGUCCCUCGGAGCUACAAUCAACCAAGAAACCAAACUUCGAAGAUGCAUCAUCUCCCCCUUCAGUCCUCGUUAUAGGGCUUGGGAAAUGUUCUUGAUUGGUCUAGUCAUUUACUCAGCUUGGAUCUGCCCUUUUGAGUUUGCAUUUCUGACCUACAAACGAGAUGCGCUUUUCAUAAUUGACAAUAUUGUCAAUGGAUUCUUUGCCAUUGAUAUUAUUCUCACCUUCUUUGUGGCAUAUCUUGACAAUCAAUCUUACUUUCUAAUUGAUGACCCAAAGAAAAUUGCAAUCAGGUACAUAUCAACAUGGUUUACUUUCGAUAUCUGCUCGACAGUGCCAUUCCAACCUCUGAGCCUCCUCCUCUUCCCAAGUCAUAGUAGUGGGAUUGGCUUUAAAUUACUUAACAUGCUCAGACUUUGGCGCCUCAGACGAGUUAGCUCCCUGUUUGCAAGACUGGAGAAGGACAUUCGCUUCAACUACUUCUGGACCCGGUGCACAAAACUCAUCUCAGUUACACUGUUUGCAGUACACUGUGCUGGAUGCAUAUACUAUUUGAUUGCAGAUAGACACCCAGAUCCAAACAAAACAUGGAUAGGUGCAGUCUACCCAAAUUUCAAAGAAGCAAGCCUUUGGGACAGAUAUGUAACUUCAAUUUACUGGUCUAUCACUACCCUAACUACUACUGGUUAUGGCGAUUUGCAUGCUGAGAAUUCCAGAGAGAUGUUGUUUGAUAUCUUUUACAUGCUCUUCAACUUGGGUUUGACUUCAUACAUCAUUGGGAACAUGACAAACCUCGUUGUUCACUGGACCAGCCGCACCAGAAACUUUAGGGAUACAGUCAGAGCUACUUCUGAAUUCGCAAGGCGAAAUCAAUUGCCCUCACGCAUACAGGAUCAAAUUCUGUCUCACGUAUGUCUCAAUUUCAAAACACAAGGAUUGAAACAGCAAGAGACCUUGAAUGGUCUGCCAAAAGGCAUCCGUUCGAGUAUUGCACAGUUUCUAUUCUUCCCUAUCGUUCAAAAUGCCCAUCUUUUCCAUGGUGUUUCUCGCGACUUCCUUUUCCAAUCGGUUCCUGAAAUGGAAGCAGAGUAUUUCCCACCAAAGGAAGAUGUAAUCCUACAGAAUGAGGCUCCAACAGAUCUUUACAUUCUGGUCUCAGGAGCAGUGGAUUUGAUUACGAAUGUUGAUGGGCGUGACUGUGUUCUUGGAAAGGCCAUUGCAGGGGACAUGUUUGGAGAAAUAGGGGUUCUAUGUUAUAGGCCACAGCCAUUCACAGUUCGAACCACUGAGAUUUCUCAAAUACUACGGAUGAGCAGAAUUACACUGAUGAACAUUAUUCAAGAAAAUAAAGAAGAUGGUGACAUUAUCAUGAACAAUCUUUUCAAGAAACUGACAGGAAUGGAAAGCAUUGGAUUUGUAAACCAACGGACAGAUCUAGAUUUGAACCCUGACAACAGAGGAACAGAAAGAGGAAACUUUUCUCAGAUUGUAUGUGAAGAGCAUCUGCAUGGAGGAGAUCCAUUGAAACAAGAUACGAGGGCUAUAGACAGCUUCCUUAAUUCGGAUGUUUCUGCAGGGAAGAAGAAUGAAGAAAAAGGAGGAGAAAUGCACAAUUUUAGUGGCCAAGAAGGAGGAAUGAUUGUAGUCAAUUCAACAGCGACAACAACAGUUGCUGGCGAUGGAAAAACAGCUCUUCAUCAUGCUGUUUGUAAAGGGCAUAUUGAAAUGGUUAGAAUUCUUCUGGAAGGAGGAGCAAAUGUAAACAAACCAGAUGCUAGAGGGUGGACCCCAAAAGCUCUAGCUCUACAACAAGAAAACAAAACCAUAUAUGACCUCAUACUAAGUUAUGAAAAUACAAGGAAGAGGACAUUAGAUGACCACAAAAUACAACUUUUCAGCCCAGAAACAGUUCACCACUACACUGGGAAUGGUCACUUCAAACCUACUGCUACCACUACUAGUACUACAAGAAACAAAGGCGGCUCCAAUUGUUCAAACUCUUCUCAGUCUCAGCUUAGGGACGUAUUGACAACCUUCAGCACUGGACAUUCUAGUGGUCCAACUGAUAGAGAGGUUGCUAACAAAUUGACUAAGAGAGUCACCAUUCACAUGAAGUUCCUCCAUGAGAAGAAUAAGUCACAAAAGCAGCUUGCGAAGCUAAUAAUUCUACCUGAUUCCCUAGAAGAGCUCUUGAGGAUUGCCGUGUUUGAAGCAAAAUAGAGUUUGCCCUGCCCUUAUUGGCCGGCCGGCCAACUCAUCUUUUGGUCGGCCGGCCAUCAUCUCCUCGAUAGAAUCCCAGCAACCUCUUGGUGUCGAACAAAGCAGUUUUUGACGGUCUUCGAGACCCCCUAAAGCUUCUGUUUUUCUGUUUUUCUUUUAAUUAAAGAGUGAUUUGGGAGGAUAUUUUGUUGUAAUAUUUUUAUUCCUCUCCUCCUUUAUUCGAAUUUGUGAUAUUUCAAAGUGAUGUAAUAAUUCCCCACUCCCACUUCUUUCUAUCCCCUUCUUUCAUUUUCUUUCCAUAUUAUGUAAAUAUGUAAUAUGUCAUACUUGUCAUCAUAUCCAUAUUUCAUGCCUUAAGAUUCGGCUAAA